CGAGCCCCCCUGUAGUUUCUCAUAUUACUCCCAGCGCUUGAUCCGAGCCAGAGAAACAACAUAAACAUGUCUGAAGGCGACUGGAAGAACCGUUAACGAGCGACACUCAUAGGCCACCUGAAGUGACCUCGACACGUCGUCGUUUCAUUUUGACCCACUUUUGCUUUUAUGCUUCCCGUCGCGUUGACGGCUCGCAACCCGGGAAGAUGCCGCAGAAAGCGCUGGGAUCCAUUGUAGGGCUCCUGUGUGCCGGGUUAUAUCUGGUGCAGGGCAAGGAGUAUUGUUUUGGGGUGAACAAUGAGCAAUACCAAUGCGAGAUGGGAUACUGCUGCGGUGAGACGGAAUGCUGCACUCACUACUAUGAGCUGUGGUUGUUUUGGCUAGUUUGGACCCUGAUCAUCAUGCUGAGCUGCUGCUGCGCCUAUCGACACCGCAGGGUUAAAAUGCGGCUGCAGCAGGAGCAACGGCAACGUGAAAUCAGUCUGAUGGCCUACCAGGGGGCCUCCAGCUCCUUCUUUUCCCCUCCACCCCUCAACCUAAGAUUCUGGAACGAUUGCAAGCUUCCAGACUAUGAGGAGGUGGUGGGUCACCCUCCGACUCCGCCGCCACCUUACUCUGAAAACCCGCCUGAAGCUGCUCCAGAUCCCCCUCCUCAAGCAAGCCAGCCAGAACUCGCCGCGGCGCCACAACCCUCGCAAGAUGAGCAGCCCGCCGGGUCAGCCACCGAUGCCUUAUGCUCAAACCAGGAAGCCGCGUCAGUGCCGUUUUUGCCUCAGGAGAACGCGGCAGAUGCGUCGCUCAAGGAAGAGGGAGAGGAGGAGGAGGAUGAGGAGGAGGAGGAAGAUGAGCUUGUCACCCGGCGCCGGCACGUGACCGGCGACUCAGGGAUAGAGGUGUGCGUUUGCCGGGUGGAUGUGGACGAAGGCUCGGGGCUGGACGAGGAGAACGAGGAGGAGCAGCGCAUGUGCAGGGUCAGCGGCGGGAAGUGCUGCUCCCAGCACCAGCAGCAGCCUUUCAGACAAAAGGCCUCCGACAUGUCUGACGGCCCAGCCACCAGCACGGGAGACAGCCUGGUGUGAUCCCCGUGACGCCGACCAGCCAGCCCGGUGCGACACUUCUUCUUCUUCCCACGCGGUGAUACAACAUAGCGGUCGCCAUCGUCACCACGGGGGAAUGUCUGUGUUUUAUUCUGCGAGCUAACACACGGACACGACGCUUGGACGACGCCGAUCACAAAUCCACACGCGAGAUGAAUAACACAAUGUCAGGAAGUUUGUUUGUUGGCUUCGCUCUCCGUUUCAUUUAGCAGCUCUUAAUCAAGAAGACGAGGACGCUAAGCACCGCCAUCUUGUUUUUGUUUCUCAAAUCAUUUCCGCCCACCCAUCCGUCUUGACAUUAAACCGUCCGGUGGGAUGUUCCUUAUCAUCAUCAUCAGGACACCAGCAGGGUCAACAUUUCCAUUCUGUCCCUACUCGACUUGCGUCAUAAAGAAAAACCCCGUAACUAAACAGAACCGAAUGUAGGGCACGGCUAUACGGUCGCCACAGCAACAAGCUUCAGGCGUGUGAUUUUGUUAUUUUAACGUGUGGCGCAGACAGGAAGAUGCCUUUUUUUUUUGUUUUUUUUGUUCAAAAUGGCCGGCCACCUCAUUUUGAUGUCUCUACGGUUCCCACAGGUCAGGUUUCAUGUGAUCACGACGAGGCUUGGCAAUGUGGCAGCCAUGAAGGAUGUUGAUUUUGUAUGUUUUUCUAAAAGAAGUCCUCGUAGCGUGUAACGACGGGGUUGCUAGUGAGCAGAUGUUGUGAGAAAGUAAAGGCACGGACUAUUAACAUAGUUUGCAUGAUUAGCGUUUGACAAGUUUCCAUAACAACGGCUACACAAUUCUGUGUUCAAAUUGUCCUUAGCUUGUUGUGCGAUGUUCUGCUUCAGACUACAAGCGUCUGUAGCCUGAGCUCUUGGCACUGGGAAGGACUUGCAAGGUAUUUUCCACCAGCACCAGUGCAGAAAGGGGCAGUUUGAAGCGGAUGUCAACAGAUGCAGAAUCUAUUGUUGUGAUUAUUGCCGUGCUUUUCACAGCAUUGCGUGUCUCCAGAAUCGUGCUCGAGUGGGUGUUGUCACAAAUACGGAGGGGGGAAAAAAACACAAAACAAGAUUGUUACCAGAUUCGUCUUGCUAUUGUGCAAGAUGAGCAAUUUCCCAAGAACGUAAGGGAUUAAAGCAUCAUAUUAUCUUUAAAAAUGGGCUAAUUUUCCUGCAAAACCAGAAGCAACGCAUUCCAGUUAAAACACAACAGCACUAAAAACCUAAGGCUGGAUUUACAAUGCAGUUUUAAAUGCGCAGUUGCAAUUUAGUAUUAGCAUGUUGUUAUAAUCCAAUCGGUCCUUUGUAUGCUAAAAGUCACAUUGGCAGAUAUCUGAUCCGACUACAUUUGGUCAUAUUUCCAAACACUGCCAUGCCCACAUUGUGUCACUUGGAAGUAAAAAAAAACUUGGUAUUGUGUCACUUGAAGCAUGUAGUCUUGUGAACCAUUUUCGGACCGUAGCUAGUUCUUUCUAUAUUCUAAAAAAUACAAUUAUUAAUAAUAUUACACUAAUUUGCUUUGUCACCUACAACAAAACAGCUCAGCAUACAUUGAUCACAUACAAUAUAUAUCCUUCAAUUUGUCUGCAUGUGGCCCCUGGUGGAAAAAGAGACACUGCUGAUGUAGUGUAAAUCCAGCCAAAGACACUAAAGCUAGACAAGAAAACACAAACUUUCACAUAAACCAAAAUGUCUUAUUUCCUACUAAUUACAGUCCAUUGCUUUUUUUUUUAAUAAUCCCACCAAGGUCUCUGAUGCAAUUUUUAAAUUUAGCCGAGUGUUCAGUAAAUGCUUACAUUUCCACAAGUCGGCUAUUUUUAAUUUGGCUAUUCAAAUGAGCUGUGGGUUUAUUUUCUGCGGUUAUUAACACAAUGCUGACAAGGCUCCUGGCCGCCUAACAAGGUUUAAUGCCGGGUUCUGCUUGUGGAUGCUUGAAGGUUCAGUAACCCAUAAAAGGGAAACUGAGACCUUCACUGGCGGCAGUUGUUUGGUUUUGGGGGGAUAAUAAUAAGCAAACAGUACAUACAGUUUAGUUUCAAUGUUGGAAGAUGACACAGAGAGCCUGAUCAAAGACCUGCAAAGGGGCUUGUGGGUUUAUACUAACGCAACUGUGACCUUUUGAAUAGAGCCGUGACACUCUGUGAGCAUGACCACAUACAGUAGACACACCCAAAUAAAAAGAAGACAUGUUGAACAACAAGAACACACCAAUGCCUUGUUGCAUCUCUACAGAUGUCUUAAGUGAUGAAAAACAAGUCUGUGUGUGUUUCUGCCUUAUUAGGAGUCGCUAUAGUUACAAAUGGCUUGGGCCGGUCCUUGGAGCUUUAGCAUUAGUCAGCAAUUCAUCACCCCCUAUGUAUAGUGAGGAUUUAAAUACAUUCACUUUUGAAGCAUGCGCAUUGAUCGUACAUUUGAAAAUUCUAGUGCAUGCGAUCCUUCCUGUCACAUAAAUUAACUAGCAAGAAGAGAUUAAUUCAAGUAACAUUGCCACACUGAAAAGAAAAUGAGUAUGAGAAAGAAAAGGCCUAUUAUUGAAUUAUUUGAGGAAUAACUUUUGCAAUGUUACAAAAUAGUGAUGUUUUAAGAAAAAAAGUAAUGCGACAAAAAAUAUUUAGCAGGUGAAAAAAAGUAGUAGUAGGUAUAAAGUUGUAUUUUUUAGAAAAAAGUCGUAAUGUUAUGAAAACAAAUGUUUUUUCAGAAAAAGUCGAUUAAAGAUGUUGCAAAAAUGUUUUUUCUUAAUGUUGAGAGAAACAAAUACAUUAUGUUUUAAGAAUAAAGUUGUAUUUUUGUGACAAGAAAUAAAUCGUAAGUUUACGACCAAAAAAUUGUGUUACGAGUAAAUAAUUAAAAAAACGACAAGCUCCUAAGGGUACUUCUCUUAAUGUGUCCAUGUUCAUGCUUGUAAUUAACAUUUGUUAAACUCCGACUUUAUUACCAUAAAAUUCCUUUUCUGGUAAAUUAGCUUUUUUUUCCCCUUAAACUUGUAUGAUUACCAUUUUAUUAUGGCAUUUUUUCCUUGCAAAAUGACACAUCUACUUAAGAUUACAUACACAUUUCCUAGUAUACAACUUUAAUCUUGCAUGAUUACAAUUUUUUUUACACAAUUCCGUUAGAUUGCAGUAUUUCUUUUGUAAAACUGCAACUUUAUUUUCUUUCUGGUGUGGCACUAAUACUCCUUUGUGGGAAAAGUGGGAAACUAAAAGAAUGAGUGUGCUUGACUUAAAGCUGGAGGCCCCGUAGUGUCCUAAUGGCCUUCCAUGGCUUUCAUGUUUACUGAGACUAAGGGCUAUAUCAGUCAUGAUCGUCCAUCCACUUUGAGACCGCUUUAACCCGCUUUCUUUAAGGUGUUUUCUUGUGGUGGUGCUUCUAUUGUACAUAAGCUGAUUGUAUAUGACGAUGUAUGUUUGUUUUAACAGGCUUGCCUUUUUUGUUUGCAGAAUUGAUCCUUUUUCUUGACUAACCCAUCAAGCCAAAGCAUUAGUUCCAUCCUUGUGUGUGAAUGGUAGUUUUGCAUCUAUAGCGUAUUGUACUUUACUCAACCAGGCUAUGCAAAAAAAAAAAAAAAGUACUGUUCUAUGCUGCGAACCGACCCCGCCCGCCCGCCCGCCCACCCCUACUUUCUGUCAUGUGGGCACCAGUACUAGCAAUAUGACUCUCAGUACUGUACUGUAAUCUCUGUGUGGUCUGUUUGUUAAUAAAAAUGUAAUGCUCAGCAACAAUGUAUGUAUGCAGAGGGGCUCAAAGCUGAAACAAAGCCAUUUUUGUUUAUAUAUACACUUCACCCCCCAAGUAACAUCUAGUCUGCCUUUUCAACCACUUAACACAUUUUAUUAAGAAGUAAGAAAUAAGUAUAUUAUACUCAUGGAUCGAUUCAUCCUUCUGUGCGUUUAUCACAGUUCCAUCCAUUUUGGUUGCAUUUAUGUGUACAACAUUUUCACAGACUGAAUAUUAAUGGCUGCCUUUCAUACAACCGUCACUGUAUCAUUUUGUCUCAAAACGUGUAGUCCAUACAGAGGGGAGAUACAGUGGGUUGGAUUUUUUUAUGUUUCCAAAUAACCCAAGAUUGUGUUGUUUUUCUAAUUAGUUCAUGUACGCCUAAAUGACUAAAGUGGGGAAAAAAGCACUGACUGAUAGAUAAUAUUGCUCUUUUUGAGUUUAAUACGUCUGCUGUGUAAUGUUUGGGUCAUUUGUAUUUUAUUUUUUUUAAUAAAAUAAAACCUUGGCACUCGA